AUGCAUAAUUUACGUAUUUUACUGUAUAUAAGUGGACUAAUAUAUCUGUACACUGGAUAUGUACGUGGAAUUGGUAUAAAUUCCUUAUGCUCUUGUGUAAACCCAUCUGGUGUAUGUGCUAUAUUAUGUAUGCGGCAGAAUUACAAUAACCCGAUUAUAACCCGAUAUAACCCUAUUAUAACCCGAUAUAACCCGAUUGUAACCCGAGUUGGCCCUAAGCAGAUUAUAUACGUAACAGAGACAGACUACUCCACUGUAACCCAGACUAAGACAAAGACAAGGCACACAAUUAGGACGUAUUUAACUACAGUAUUGCAGAAUGUACCAGUUACUGUGGAAAGAAAGCGUACAGUUACAGUUACACCAAUUCCUGUUACAAAUACAAAAAUAAUAACGGAAUUUUUAAAAGUAACAAAUAUUGAGACAAUUACUGUUGUACCAAGUAUGCAUUCUGUAACGGUCAAAAGUAUUCAGGUUAUAACUCAACCGCCAAUUUUAUCUACAGUUCGGGUGAGUGUAACGGCAGAGCCUGUGAUUCAUGUGGAGACUAAGGUUAUAACAAGCAUAAUUACGCCUAAGCCUAUUUAUAUAACAAAUACAACAACUUCUGUUAAGACAGUGCAGGUGCACCCUACAUUAUACAAGGAUUACAUUAAUGUUAAGCCACUUGUGAAUGAUUCUGGGGUUCUUGUUGAAUUUCAUGAUUCAAAUAAUAAGGUGAAAACCGUUAGGGUUAUAUUACCGCAUAAGGAAAUUUUUGAAAAACCUGAAAAUUUUGAAAAAUCAAAAUAUUCGGGUGUGCCCGGGUAUAACCCGAAUAAUGGGCCAAAUAAUAUGCAGAAUAGUGGACCAAAUAUAGCAGGAAAUGACCUUAGUAGACCAAAUAAUAUGCAGAAUGGUAAUAACCCGUCUAAUAUGCAGAAUAGUAGACCAAAUACAACAGGAAGUAACAAUAUCCCGCGUAAUAUGGGUUAUAAUGGACCAAAUACAACAGGAAAUAACAAUAUCCCGCCUAAUAUGCAGAAUAGUGGACCAAAUACAACAGGAAGUGACCUUAGUAGACCUAAUAUGGGCUAUAAUAGACCAAAUACAACAGAAAAUGGUAAAAUAUUCACUAUAACAAAAAAUACUCCAAUUAUCUCUACGGAAGUGAUUUCCAUCACCAGAUCAGUCACAAAGACAGAAUAUGUCCAUAAACCACAAGCCACAAAGAAAAUAACCAUGAAGCCAGUGACAGUAAUUAAGACAAUAAGUAUCCCAGUGGAAAGACCAAUUAAAAUAAAUCACACCGUAACAGAAACCAUAACUAAAACAAAAACAGAAAAAAAAACAAAGAUACAGACAAUAUUUUCUACAAUUAUAUCAAGUCGCCCCCGACUGACUGUAAUUAAUACAAAAACCCAACAGAAAAAUAACUUCCUGACAGUCACACUGACAGAGACCCUUAAGCCCACAGUGAAAAUAAUCACAGAAGUAAAACCCGUGUAUAUAACACAGACUAAGAGACUAAUUACAACAGGAACAAUAACUAAAUACGUGACUAUAACAGAAGUGCCUAUUCCUACGCUUAAAGUAGACAGGACGCAAGAAUAUUCGAAUAUUAUUGCAGAAUUAAGGGGAAAAAUAGAUGAAUACAGGGAUCUAUUAAGGGAAUCAAACAGAAUAAGCGAUGAUCACCAGAAAGAGAUAAAUACAUUAAGGGAACUGAUGAAGAGGAAUACUGCUUGA